AUGUCUUCAUCAAUCAAGCCCAAGGUCGCUUUCAUCACCGGGGGUAAUGGCAUUACUGGAACAGCAAUUAUCGAGUACUUGGUCAAACACACAAGCAAAGAAGAAUUCAGCGAUAUCAUCGUAACAUCUCGCUCCCCCUUCGCAACUUCUGUCCAAGAUUCCAGGAUAAAAUUCAUUGCCCUGGAUUUCACCAAGGAUGCCGAAACUUUGGCAAAAGAAAUGGUUCAAGUGUGUGGACCGGUCACCUACGCUUAUUUCUCGUCAUACGUGCACAAAGAUGACUUUGCGGAAUUGAACACGGCCAAUCAGGCUUUGUUUGAGAACUUCCUCUCGGCACUCGUCAAGGUCACUCCGAAUUUGGCGAGUGUUUGUCUGCAGACUGGUGGAAAGUACUACAAUGUACACACGCAGCCAGUCCCAUCUCCAGCUUACGAAGAUGCCCCAAGAGCCGUCAAGUUCGAGGAGAACUUCUACCUUCCCACAWGAAGACUUUCUCGCCGAGAAGCAAAAGGGGUCCAAUUGGACCUGGACAGUGAUUCGUCCCGAAGCCAUCAUCGCAAGCCCAAUGGAAUGAACUCGGCCUUGACUUAUGCGCUCUACUUCUUGGYUWAAAAGGAACUGGGAGAGGAGGCACCCAUGCCAACCAACCAAGUGUACUACGAGGGCGUCGACGACUGCUCAGACGCAGCUCUGAUUGCUGACAUGACAAUAUGGGCGACAACCACCCCGAAAGCAGCCAACCAGGCCUUCAACAUCGUCAAUGGCGACUACAUCCAAUGGCAAUACAUGUGGCCUCGUCUCGCAGCGUACCUCGGCGCAAAGUGUGCCCCAAAAAGCCAAUUUCCACAAACCCCGACCCGAACAAGGCGUCGUGCAGCAGGAAAUUCCACUUUACUGAGUGGGCUCAAGAUAAGCAAGCAGUGUGGGAUCGCAUAUGUGAUCAAUCUGGUGUAA